GAAAAUGGGCACAGAUUUUCAAAUUUUAAACUCAUAACGUGGUUGUUCUAGCUCUUUUGCAAAUUUUAUUUAUUUAUUAAAAUUUAUUUUCAUGGCUAUUAUGUAUAAUUUGUUAUCCAUUCAAGAUACACAAUAUGUUUACAAAGAGGCACACUCUUCACGAUAAUCAAACAUUAUUAAUUAAAAUUUAGGUGCUAAAAAGUAAAAAUUAAUUCUGAAGAGAGCAAAUUAGAUAUUUUUCCAAGAUUGUACGGGAAGACCUCGAUGCGGGGUUACUGAAAGUUGGCCAUAUUUGCCCGAGCUCCUCUGCAGCCACUCGGGUUCUUGGGAUUUGAUGACCUCAUAUAGCCUAUACAGCAAGUUCUGAACUGAGGUUAAAAAAUUGAUUCACCACAACUUUGGAAUUAAUAUCUAUUUUACCAUUGGGAUAUUGUGACCACGAGAAGCGAUUUAAUGUAAAUGCUGAUGUACAAAAUACAUAUGCAUCUCAGCAUGCUUUUAAAUAAUAUUAUUGUAAUUGUUGAUUAUUUUUCAGUUAAACUUUAAAUUAUCAACCAAGUCUUAAAAUGUCGACCAAGCUAAUGGAAGCUGCCAGUAGAGGAAAUGUAGGAAUGGUCUUCAUUUGCUUGCAUCUAGGCUACGACGUCAACGAGGUAUCCGAGGACACUCUAGAAACUGCUCUGACUGUGGCCAGCUUCCACGGUUUCGCCAACGUCGUCGCUCUGCUCCUCAGCGUCGGCGCCGACACGGAGGUAGGCGCGUUGACCCCUCUGAUGGAGGCAGCACAAGAGGGUCACAUUGAAGUGGUGCGCCUCCUGCUCUCAGCGGGCGCCAACGUAAACGCCACCAGAUCGUCCGGAUACACGGCCCUCACCUACGCAGCGAGUUUCGGCCACACGGACAUUGUCAAAUUGCUCCUUCAGCAUGGAGCCGAUCUGGACCACGAAUCGGAAGGAGGCAUGACUCCCCUGAUGACGGCCUGCAGGGCCGGCCACCUGGACACGGUGCAGUUCCUCAUGUCCAAGAACGCCGACGUCAAUAGGCGAGCAACUAAUGGUCACACUCCUCUGUCCCUGGCGCGCGCUCAUGAACUGAUUGUCAAAUUCCUUGCCAGCCGUGUUGAUUUCCGUCCAGUUUGGUUUUGCCGCCAGCAAGGAUACUAAUAUAUAUACAUCUAUUAGUGUAUCUGAAUUAAGAAUGAUUAAAUUUAACUAUAGU